CAUUAACAUCUCGUUGCUUGGAUAAUGAGGUAGUGGUAUCGCCAGCAGGGAUAUUUUAAUGUUAUGAUUGAGCUUUCUGUGGAUUGUGUUUCUUCACACCAACUGAUAUACACGUUUGACGACUGUGUUUUUACUAACGGAAUUGUAGAAGGUUGCAGAGAGUGUCCAUCAUCAUGCUGUUAAGGAUGAGACACCUUUACGUGUUUUUCCUGUCCCUGGUGAUUCUGUGGAUGGGGCUGGUGUGUAUAUUCCUCUCCUGGCCAAACAGCGAGGGGCGACGGAUUUGGCCUAGGAUCACAACAGGACAUACAUUGAGAGAGGCACGUGCGGUAAUACCGCCGGAUAUAACAAAGGAUGACGGGAAUGACAUGAAAACGAGACAGCGAUCGGAUGAGAAGGAUGUGUAUUUUUUGCAUCAACCCGAUCGUCCUGACGAAGUCGUUUCAGUCAAGAAGGGGUUUGCCAGUGUAGCGUUGAGAGGUGAUUGGCCACCCGAGCCCAUUCCAAAUGAACCCGACUUUGCUGUUGUGAGGAGUCUCUUCAACAUCACAAAUGCCGGGGAUGGCGGCCUGGGUUUCGGCAUAGACCCCCAAAAGUUGCCCCCGGAAGAACAGAAGAAAUACAACAACGCUCUUGAUGUCCAUGCCAUGAAUGAAUACGUCAGUAACCUGAUCGGCGUCAGACGGAGACUAAGAGACGUGAGAAUGGAGGGCUGUGCUGAGCGUUACUCCUCCGCCGGUCUCCCCCAGACCAGCAUCAUCAUCUGUUUCGUCAAUGAGGCGUGGUCAACGUUGCUAAGGCUGGUUCACAGUAUCCAUGACAACACGCCGCCGCACCUGGUGAAGGAGGUGAUCCUCGUCGACGAUGGCUCGUCAUGGGACUUUCUCGGCAGGCCGCUGGACGUGUACAUGGCGCGCUUCCCUAAAGUGCGGAUUGUUCGAGCCAAGUCUGGACUGGGCCUGAUGGUAGCCCGGAUGUAUGGGUACAAAUACACGACAGCGCCCACCAUCACGUUCUUGGACUCGCACUGCGAAUGUCUUCCAGGUUGGCUAGAGCCUCUGUUGAUGCCCCUGGUAGCCGACCCACGGGUGGUGACCACGCCCUCAAUAGACGCUAUAGACCAGAACAACUACGGGAUCACUGCUGGGCCGGAGGUGAUGGUUGGGGUGGUGGAGUUCCCGUCCCUGACGUUCAACUGGAGGAACCCUCCCCCCAGAGAGAGAAGACGGCGUACAAGCAAUAUUGAACCGAUCAGAAACCCAGCAAUGGCGGGGGGCCUCUUCUCCAUCACCCGGGAGUACUUCGAUCUUCUGGGAGGAUUUGACCCUGGGAUGAAGGUCUGGGGUGGGGAGAAUAUCGAGAUGUCUUUUAAGAUCUGGAUGUGCGGAGGUCGGAUUGAAACGCCAGUCUGUUCACGAGUUGGUCACGUGUUUCACAAACACGCUAGUUAUUCGAAGAUCCGCCAGGGUGCGCAAGAGGCCGGAGAAGCGAAUAACGCGCGUGUGGCGGAAGUGUGGAUGGACGACUACAAGAAGUACUAUUAUGAUGAAAAGAAGAAUGGACAAUUCUACAAACCAGGGGAUGUCUCUGAACGCCGCCGGUUGAGAGAAAGAAUCGGAUGUAAGCCCUUCUCCUGGUACAUCGAGAACGUGUACCCUGAAGUGGCUAUCCCAAGUGACGGUGUUUAUUCAGGGGAGCUUCGAAAUAUGGCCACGCCCAACAUGUGCCUGGACAUGAUGACCUCUGAGGAAGGGAAGCAACCCGCUAUGUAUUUGUGCCACGGUCAAGGUCAUGCUCAGAUGUUUGACAUGACUGAUCUGGGUGAAAUCGUGUCGUUAGGUUGCUGUCUGAGACACCGUGGCGGGAAUGUGUACGUAGCCAAGUGCACCUGGUCGUCGGAGUCCCAUAUAUGGGAGUACAAGGACAAGUUAAUAAGCCGACACAAUAAUUGUUUGACCGUGAAUGCGACGCAGCAUGUCGUGAUGGAGGAAUGCUCUGGAAAGAAGUCCCAGCAGUGGACGUGGAACUAUCACAGACCGCGGAGGAAGAAUGUGCUGAGGAUUGAAGAAAUGUGAAUAAGACAUGAUGUAUACAGAAUCAAUCCGCCGCGCAUUCGUGACCACUCGCCCCUUUCCGUAACCUGCUUGUCACGGAAUGACACGAGUUUGUCACCAUUGCCCUCUAUGGUGCAUACUUCAGUUGCCAGAGUUUAUUACAAAGCACCCAUCAACGUGAAUCCUGUCUCACACUCGUAUACCUGCCCUGCUUCUCAUAGUAUCAGUAUAUAACGAAUAGUAGAAUAGUGUCAUCACACGUGUCUCUUUUUGUUGUUGUUUAACGCCACACUCAAUGGCGGCGAUCUGUAAAUAAUCAAGUCUUGACCUGACAAUCCAGUCAUUGACUUCAUGAGCAUCGAUCCACGCAAUUUGGAUGCGAUGACAUGCAUCAACCAAGUCAGCGUGUCUGACCACCCGAUCCCGUUAGUCGCCUCUUAAUCAAUACGUGAUAAAGCGCCCGGUUCCAACUUAAAAUAAGAGGUAUCUAAUCUACAGUUUUUCUUAAUUUCAUAACACGGUAGGUUUAUCACCUAAUUCAUUCACGGCAUUACCCAUUGUAUUUUUAGAAAUAAAAAGUUAACUUUGAAAAGUCAACCUGACGCAGACGCCUGACUGAAGUCAGUUCAAAUGGCAAAAUCAAUCCGUUACGUCAUUUACACUGGGUUACGUGAUAUCAUGUUGUUUUCUGCAAUCUGGUUUGAGAGUUGCUAAACUGCACGUGCGUAAAUGUGAAUAUCAGAGAUGUCUGACAUUCGCCGGGACAUGUAUCUCUCUUCAUGAAAUAAUGUUCAUCUUACUGAAUGGCCUCACAAAGUUGAUAUUUUGAGUGGCGCAUAGAUUGUUGCAGGAGGCAAGGAAUCAACAAUGUACUGGUUAUGUUUGCACACGCACGCACGCACGCACGCACGCACGCACACACGCACGCACAAAUAUAUCGUUUAUCUCAUCGAGUUAACUGAUAAAGUGUGUCAAAUUGU